GAGAGAGAGAGAAAGAAAGAAAUAAUAGAGAGAGAGAGAGAAGGGAUAUUAAUUUCAUUUCAUUUUCAUGUUGGGUUCGUUACUUUGACCUCGUUUACCAGCCAAACAACAAAAAAAGGAAAGAAAUCGUCGACGACGACGACGACGACGAAGAAGAAGAAGCGAACUGCGAUUUCCCUCUCUGAACAAUCCUCCCUCCCUCCCUCCCUCGCCAUUCUCGUCUGCUUCAUCGGCGAUCGACGAGCUCCGCAUGAGAUACGCUCGCCUUGCUCCAUCCGAGAAGGAAUCGAUCAACGUCCUGCGGAGGAGCAGGAGGAGGAGGAGGUAGGGUUGCAGUCCUGUACUGUUCUGUCCGUCCGAGCUACAGAGCAUCGAACUGUGGGAGGAGAAGUCGCUUUCCUUGGAUAACAGCGUCAAUGAAGACUUCUCUGAGGAAGUUAGGCCGAUUCACUCUCCACAGGCACGUAGACCCCACGCAGCGGCGGUACCUCCGAUCUCUCUCUCAAUCGGACGAGCUCGCUCAGGCUUCUCAGGACCUCGAUGACAUGAGGGACUGCUAUGACAGCUUACUUUCCGCCGCCGCUGCUACCACCAACACUGCUUAUGAGUUUUCAGAAUCUCUGAGGGAAUUGGGUUCUUGUCUUCUUGAGAAGACUGCAUUAAACGACGAUGAAGAAAGUGGUAAAGUCCUGCUGAUGCUUGGUAAAAUGCAAUUUGAACUUCAGAAACUGCUUGAUCGCUAUCGCUCUCAUAUAUCUCGAACAAUCACAAUACCUUCGCAGUCUCUUCUUAAUGAACUUCGGACAGUUGAGGAAAUGAAGCGACAAUGUGAUGAGAAAAGAAGUGUGUACGAGUAUAUAGUAAUGAAUCGUCGAGAAAAGGGAAAGUCAAGAACUGUUAAAGGAGAGAACUUUUCCAUGCAGCAGUUGCAGGAUGCCCGUGAGCAAUAUGAUGAGGAAGCAACGUUAUUUGUUUUCCGGUUAAAAUCUUUAAAACAAGGACAAUCUCGAAGUCUCCUCACACAGGCAGCUCGCCACCAUGCUGCUCAGCUGCACUUGUUUAGAAAUGCCCUGAGGUCACUUGAGGAACUGGAACCGCAUGUGAAGCUUGUUACUGAGCAACAGUAUAUUGAUUACCAGCUCAAUGGACUUGAAGAUGAUUAUUGUCAUGAAGUUGAUGAUGACGAUGACGACGACGAUAGCCACUAUGGUGACAGUUAUGUUGGGCAUGACGAUGGGGAGUUGAGUUUUGACUAUGGGCAAAAUGGCCACAUUCAAGUUGACAAAUCCACAUUAAGGCAUUCUAUGGAGUUGGAUCCGGCGGACCUUACAUUUCCUCAUGUUGCAACAACUGAAACUGUGAAGGAAAAUUUGGAGAGAAACCCUAGAGAAUUUAUCGCUUUCAGUGGGGAUUUUAAGGCAUAUACCCAGUCUGCUCCUCUAUUUGCAGAGAAGAAAUCAUUAGAUCUCGCUGAUAGGAUGCCUCCAAUGCGGCAAUCAUCGAUUCGGAAGCUUCAAACUUAUGUCCUGCCCACACCAGGUGACCCAAAGAGUUCAGCUUCCACAAAACCAGUCGAAACUUUUGCUUCUACGCCAAAGGCCAAUCUAAAUGCACACAAUCAAAUGGUAUGGCAUUCAUCGCCAUUAGACCCACCAAAGUACGGGAAGAAGUCAGCCGAUGAGAAGUACUCUGGAACUCCUGUCUCAAAUACUUUCCGCAUUCUGAAAGAGAGUAACAAGAAAUCUGCUCCCAACAUGUUACCUUCCCCUUUGGCAGAAGGUAGCCUGUUUUUGCAGUUUGAUCCCAUCACAGCUUCUAGUUCCAAAAAAUUUAAAAGGCAAGCCUACUCUGGUCCACUGACCAAAAAACCGGAGCCUAGCCAACCUCUCCCAGAACAUCCCCAGCUGUACUCUGGACCUAUACUACGAAACCCGAUGUCUCAACCGCUUUCAUCUUCUCCAAAAGCAUCGCUCAUCUCUUCCUCUCCUCUUACAUCUUCACCUAAGAUAAGUGAGCUCCAUGAGCUCCCAAGGCCACCUGCAAGCUCCACUGGCAUCUCAAGUAGACCUCCUGGGUUGGUGGGCUAUUCUGCUCCCUUGGUCUCUAGAGGACCACAAGACUCGUCAGUCAAGAGUGAAAACGUGGUUGCUGGAGCGGCUUCUCCAUUGCCUAGGCCUCCUUCAAUUAUUUCUCGAAGUUUCUCCAUUCCCACGAGUGGUUCAAAGCCGAAAAUCUCGGGGGUACUGCAAGAUACGCAAAAUGGCGAGUCGCCUGAUGCUGGUUCUUCACCUCCAUUGACUCCGAUAUCCUUACCUAACAGCCGGCCCUGAGGAACUGAUCAGGGUACUGCCCUAUGACUGUUCAGAGGACAGGUGAAUUCAAUUUUGUUAGUUUGCUGGGGAAUUACUUUCGAAGGUCACUGAAUGGCAAGAAUUUCUAGGUAGCUUCGGGUCUCGUGUGCAUGGUGCAGAUAUGUAUAUAUAUAUAUAUAUAUGUUCCUCGUUCUUGUCCCGUAUUGGUCCCUUCUUUUUGUGGCUAGCCUGCUGUUUGAUCCUUUGUCAAUCAAUCUCUGAUUCCGGUCGAAUGUAUGCGUAUAGUAGUAGUUGUGAAUGAGCCCUUUGCAAGAAAUUUGUAUAUAUGGUCUAAGUGACAACAGGGAUGUGUAAGUGAAUCCUCCUCCAAUUUUAUGUAUCACAACAUUUCUGAGAAAAAUAGUUUACAUCGUUUGCACUUUUAGUUUGUCA